CCAUAAAAAUAAAAAUAAAUAAAGGAGAAAAAUUUGCAUUCAGAAAAUGACUUGUAACAGUUGUAGUAGUUCACCAAUAGUUCUCUGUAUUGUUCUCAAGACAAGAGUCAAUUCAAAUUCACAUUAAUUGUUGAGAAUUGAGUUCCAAUUUCAUUUCUCUCUCUCUUACUUUCUCAGAAUUCACAGGCUUUUUUGUAAACCCAUUUUGUUAAGAGUUGAAUUUUGAAAACUAGGGUUGGGUUAUGCGCAAUGGCAUUGAUUUGGGUUCUGUUACUUUGCUUGUUUUGACAGUUGGUUUGUGGGUUUUGUUGGGAUUUUUGUAAGAACGCUUGGUGUUUAAGGUUAGAAAAAAAUAUGGGUUGGUGAGGGUGGUGAACCUGUUUGCCCCUCUCUCUCUCUCUCUCUCUCUCUUCAAUAUCAAGCCUUUUCUCUUUCCUAGGGUUUGCAUUUUGUUUAUCAAAGUUCUGGCACAUUGUGAAAACAGUGUUUGGUAGCAAGAUUUUCAAGAUUCUAGCACAUUGUGAAAACAGUGUUUGGUAUCUAAGAAUUGGGUUUUGUCUUGUUUAUCUCAAAGAAAGUUAAGAGUAGAGUGGGGACUUUGAAUUUUUGAUCAAAGACAGGUGAAUUGGUUGAAAUUGAGUUUUGGGUCAAAUUUGGUUUCCAGGUAAAAGUUGAAGCUUUCAGGAGUAAAUGUAUGGAUCGCAGGGAAGCUAUGUCAUUUUCAGGGUCUACUUAUUACAUGCAGAGAGGGAUGCCUGAGUCAGGUUCGGGGGCUGGGGUACAGGGCUCACCGGGCAUUCCAUUAUCUAAUCUAAAUGUAUCAUUUCAAUCGAACAUUGGGGGUAGUUCAAUUGGAUCAACAAUGCCAAUAGAGCCUUCAUUGGCAAUUUCACAUCAUGGGGUUGAUGUGGGUUCACCGUCUGCUAUGCCAUCAACUGAGCGUGUAAGAAGAAAAAGAGGACGUCCUCGAAAAUACGGGCCUGAUGAGAGUCAUGGGACUGUGGCAUUGGCAUUGUCUCCCACUUCAUCUAAUCCUCCGGUGACUACAACCCCGAACCAGAAGCGGGGUAGAGGACGGCCCCCGGGGACUGGGCGGAAGCAACAAUUAGCUUCUCUUGGUAAGUAUUUUUAUAGUGAUCUAAGAGAAUUUCCAAUUGUUCAAUAGCCAAACGUCUACAUA